GAGAGUACAUCCGGGUCGCUGGGGCAGGUGCCUCAGGCCCCGCCCCUUCCCAAGCGCUGGCUCCUCACUUCCGGCCACCUCAGGCCUUUCUGCCGGUUCCGUGCGGGUUUUAAUGCCUGCUCCCCAGGUGGCUCUCGGCGCCAGGUCUGGGUCUCUCCGCACCCCCAUUUGCCCCCAGCGGCUGGCUCCUCGUCCCCAAUCUCACCGAGGCUGAGGCCUGCGGCGCGGAGAGUCCGCGCACACCCGACUCCGCGUCUCCUCUGCUGCGUUGAGGCCGCCGCCACCGCCUCGGGAUGCCGCGGCUGGGUUCUGCCCCGCGCUGGGCGGCCGCUGCGGGCCGUUGGGGCUGCCGGCUGCUCGUGCUGCUGCUGCUGCUGCUCGUUCCGGGACCCGGCGGCGCCUCUGAGAUCACCUUCGAGCUGCCCGACAAUGCCAAGCAGUGUUUCUACGAGGACAUCACGCAAGGCACCAAGUGCACCCUCGAGUUCCAGGUGAUUACUGGUGGUCACUAUGAUGUAGAUUGUCGAUUAGAAGAUCCUGAUGGCAAUGUGUUAUACAAGGAGAUGAAGAAACAGUAUGACAGUUUUACUUUCACAGCCUCCAAAAAUGGGACAUACAAAUUUUGCUUCAGCAAUGAAUUUUCUACAUUCACACAUAAAACCGUAUAUUUUGAUUUUCAAGUUGGAGAAGACCCCCCUUUGUUUCCUAGUGAGAACCGAGUCAGUGCUCUUACACAGAUGGAAUCUGCCUGUGUUUCAAUUCAUGAAGCUCUGAAGUCUGUCAUUGACUAUCAGACUCAUUUCCGCUUGAGAGAAGCUCAAGGCCGAAGCCGAGCAGAGGAUUUAAAUACAAGAGUGGCCUAUUGCCACAGUGUGGCUACAAGUCAGAGACAUCAUGAGUCGAAUUCCAAGAAAUCUGACAUCUCCCUGCAUGAUGUUGCUGAUCACAGCUGCACAACAGAGAUGCCAACAGGAGAGCUGGCGGGAGCUGCGGGCGUGGAUGGGAUGUCUGAAGAAGAAGCAGAAGAAGAGGUGUUCUUCAAAUUUGUGAUAUUGCACGCAGAGGAUGACACAGACGAAGCUCUCAGAGUCCAGGAUCUGCUUCAAAAUGACUUUGGCAUCAAACCUGGAAUCAUCUUUGCUGAGAUGCCAUGUGGCAGACAGCAUUUACAGAAUUUAGAUGAUGCUGUAAAUGGGUCUGCAUGGACCAUCUUAUUGUUGACUGAAAACUUUUUAAGAGAUACCUGGUGUAGGUUCCAGUUCUAUACCUCCCUAAUGAACUCUGUGAACAGGCAGCACAAAUACAACUCUGUUAUACCCAUGCGGCCCCUGAACAAUCCCCUGACCCGGGAAAGGACUCCCUUUGCUCUGCGAACCAUCAAUGCCCUGGAAGAAAAAAGUCGUGGCUUUCGUACACAAGUGGAAAGAAUUUUUCAGGAGUCUGUGUAUAAGACACAGCAAACUAUAUGGAGAGAGACAAGAAAAAUGGCACAAAGGGAAUUCAUUGCCUGAGGUGGACCACAGAACACGUGGCUGGCUCUCAACUUAUAAAACAAAUGAUUUAUCUUCGCUUGAGAAAGUAAAUCCAGGAAAAGUUUAAAUAAAAGAGAUCCUAUUUUUAUAGGAACCUAGAGAGCACAAGGGAGAUAAAUUUCUGCCAGACAAUCAAAGAACUGUGGUACUUUUGAAUUUUCAGUAAACUCGAGAAAGUUUCAAGAACUUUGCUGUCACAGUUUUCCUAAUUCAUGAAUAUGACAAAGGAUAGUCUCAAUUCACAGUUCUUGUGUUGAAUCUUGAACAAAAACUUGCAUGAUAGACAUUUAAAAAUAUAACACUUUCGUCCUGGCCUACAUGGCUCAGUUGGUGGGAGUGUCGUCGGAUACACUGUAAGGUUGCAGGUUUGAUUCCUGGUCAGGGCAUAUACCCAGGUUGCGUGUUUGAUCCCCAGUUGGGGUGCAACAGGAGGCAACUGAUUGAUGUUUCUCUCUCACGUCAAUGCUUCUCUCUCUCCCUCCCCCUUUCUCCCCCUCCCUCCCUCCCUCCCUCCGUCCCCCCCUUCCUUUCUCUCUGAAAUCAGUAAGAACAUAUAUCCUCAAGUGAGGAUUAAAAAAUAAUAGUAAAUAUAUUCUCAAAGGAAACACAUAAGAAUGGCCCCAAGAGAUCUGACCACUCUCCCUCUUGGGACACCUCAUGAAUAUUGUGAUAAAGCAUCCCCCAUAUUGUCACCCAGAAAUCUGGUUAGCCAGAAUAAAACAUAUGGAAUGUUGAGUGCUGAUGAACAUGAAAUCAGAAAUAGAUGUGAGAAUGGUGGGGCUUUUCAAAAUAAUCCAGUUAAAUGUGUAUUUCUGUUUGCUGAAAUGUACAUACUUGGAAGCAAGUCCCACUACUGAUUAGUAGCUCAAUUGAUCGUGUGCUGGUUAGAGACUUCAUGGAGGAGGGUGGAGAUGUCCCCUGGAGCCUGAAGCUCCUCAUAUUGGACAUUUUCUGUAACCAGGACUUUAGUGUCCCACACUCAUAGCAACCCAGAAAACCCCAAACAGACCUGUCCAUUCCCUCACAGCCCUUCUGCCCAGCUGAGAUUCAGGGAGAAUCAUUAGGUACAGACCAGGAGGAGUGGGGGUAUGAGCCAGGUCAUGUUAUAAUGUGAAGAGCACCCAAUGGGAGAUCAGGAGACCUGGUUCUAGUCCAGUCUCUGCCACUGAGGAUGAAUGUGACCGUGGGCAAGCUGCUUACCCUCUUUAUCUAUGAAAUAAAAGGACUGGAUUGAUGGGUCUCUAAAAGCCUUGGUUCUCUCCAAGAAUGUGAACAACUAGGAACCAGAAAAGGGAACAGCAAAAAAUAGAAUUUUGUAAUAUAGUAUCAGGAGGCUUUAUAUAUGUUUACAAUGAAAGGGGAUUCUUAUGUUUACAGUAGUUCUCAUGCUGUUUAUUAUAUUUUUAUAGUCACAGAAAAAAUUAUAAUACAUGUUUACUCCGAUUUUUAAAAAUAUGUUUUUUUAUAGGGACCCUCGAGCAAAGACAUUCUGAUUUUUUCUUUUUCCUUAUCCCACUUCUCUGUGUCUCCUUCUAGUACUGGGGUCUGCUCACAUCUUUGUACAGUCCACCUCUUUAUAGUCAAGAACCAAAAUGUUCCAUGAGGAACAUUCACCCUUAAUCUUGCAAGUAAGUCUAGCCUCCUUCUCUACUAGUACUUAUUAAAGAGAUGAUUGUUUUCAUUGCAUGGUGACAUUUUCUUAAUCUCAAGUUCUUUUCUAUCAUAGUAGCUUACUAACUCUUCUUUUUCAGUUUUAAUAAUAAGUAUUCUUUUUUUUUUGCCAUACUGCUUCCUGUAUCUCAAAUUUCAUACACCAACAAAUCAUUAAUCAUCCACUCUUCAUACUUGCCAAACUCAGAGCUAUGGAUGCUGGAUGGUUUUCCUUAAAUAAAUGUUUUUAUUCUUUA